AUGCAUCCAGCCGCGUCGUCUUUUGGCGAGUACUUCCAGUUCUUCCCCGCCGAGAUGUACCACCAGCAGCAGCUGCUGCUGCUGCAGGAGGAGGGGACCCUGGAAGCGGUGCUCUGGCAGCCGGUGACCGCUCCAGCUCCGGCGGAGCGGGGGGAGCCGGGGAAUGAUGGGGCGCCGGGGCCAGGGGGUGCAGUCGUCGGGGCGGCGCGGAAGAGGCCGUUCCGAACGGACCGGCACAGCAAGAUCCGCACGGCGCAGGGGGUGCGCGACCGCCGGAUGCGGCUGUCCGUCGGCGUGGCGCGCGAGUUCUUCGCCCUGCAGGACCUCCUCGGCUUCGACAAGGCCAGCAAGACGGUGGAGUGGCUCCUCACGCAGUCCAAGCCGGCCAUCGACCGGCUUGCCGACGGGACCCCGGGCGCUGCUGCCGCCGCUGCAGGACCGUCCAAGGAGAAAGGGGAGGGGGCGACCUCCUCCGGCACCGGCUGCUUCGAGGAUGCGAGGGAGGAAGAGCACGACGUCAGAGAUCUGAUGAAAGGCAUCGGCGGCGAAGGUGAGCUUGACUGGUUCAUGUCGGAGGCGGCGGCGAUAGGGCAUCCGAUGGAAGGAUUGGACUAAUUAAUGAGAGCUGCAACAACGGCGGAGUACUAAUUCUAAUUACUUCAGAUGAUUUCUUGUAUAUAUGCAGCUGCAUGACAGAUUGACAGUGAUUGAUAUGCAAACUUUGUGUG